UAAUAGCGGUGGCGGCGGCACUUCACCGCAGUGCUUUCGUUAAAAAUGAACGAGCGCGGCUCGGUGACCCGAAAGGAGCGACGCCGAGGGAGCCGCGGGACCCCCGAUCGAUCCACCCCGCCGACGUCUCAGGCCGACAGCCGGCAAGCGCCGAGCGCCCGCAGCGGCCGCCGGCAAAGUCGCGCGCUCGCUUGUCCGCCGCCGCCGCCGCCGCCGCCGCCGCCUCCACCGACCCCCACCGCGACGCGGCCGACCGCGCCGGGCGUGAUGAUCCGCGCAAUUGGCUUCGCAGCCCUAACCCCAUUAACGCGGCACUGCAAUCGAGCAGCCGCGACGGACCACCGGCGACGCCGAUCCGCGACGGGCCGCGGGGACCGCCACGAGGAGCAGCAGCGGGCCAGCGCCGCGAGCCGACGACCCGGCGCGCCGCGAGCCGACGACCCGGCGCGCCGCGCGCGAUCGGCCGGGGCCGGGCCGAGUCCGAGCGCCGAGCCGCGCGGCCGCGGAUCGGCGGCGAUUGACGGCCGCGGUGGCCGGCGCGAUCGGCCGGCGGCGAGUCGCGCGCAGCGAUGAGCGCGCCCGUCGAUGAGAGAGUAGUAGGGCUUAAUCAGUUCGUCGAUAGGGAAAUUGGCUUAGGCGCGGGGUGGGGGCCGAUUUUCCGCGAUCGCACGCGCACCCCCGCCACUGGCGCGGCAGUGCGAGCCUGCGACGAUGCCCGGCGGGCGCGACUCGGCCCGGCCUGACCGUUGAUCGCCCGUCCUCGCGCCCUCGUCGAGCAGCAUGGGGCCCAGUGCGGCCGAACGGCUGGCGCGCCGACGCCCGGCCCGCGGAGCCGCGCGCCAGUGGUAGAGCCGCGCGCCCGGUCGGCCCGCGCGAGCCGAGCGCCCAGGAUGCCGCGGAGGCGCUCGCUGGCGGUGCUCUGCUGCUACCUGUACACGCUGCUGGACAUGGCGGCGCUGCACUACCCCGACAGAGUCUGCGAGGCCGUCCUCUCCACGCAGCUGGAGGCUUGGCACCUUAGCUUCGAUAGCCUCGGCUCCAGUCGCACUAUUCGGCUCUCGGCCUCGAUGAGAAAACGCGACUACCGCUUUUUCCCCAAGAUCGCCAGGGACGGCGGCGCCGACAGCGAGGACUACGGGCGCACGGAGGUGUCGCUCUCGCUGCGGGACAUACUGCCGCUCAACCCGAAGAACUACGACAAGCACCGAGCGCCCAAGUACCUGGGCCAGCCGACCAUCGUCUACUUCCACGUGACGGUGCUGAGCAUCGACUCGAUCAACGAGGAGUCCAUGACCUACGUGGCCGACAUCUUCCUGGCGCAGAGCUGGCGCGACUCGCGCCUCCGGCUUCCCGAGAACAUGUCCGAGGAGUACCGCAUCCUCGACGUCGACUGGCUGCACAACAUCUGGCGGCCCGACUGCUUCUUCAAGAACGCCAAGAAGGUCACCUUCCACGAGAUGUCCAUACCCAACCACUACCUCUGGCUCUACCACGACAAGACGCUGCUCUACAUGUCCAAGCUCACGCUCGUGCUCUCCUGCGCCAUGAAGUUCGAGUCCUACCCGCACGACACGCAGAUCUGCUCGAUGAUGAUCGAGAGUCUGUCGCACACCACGCAGGACCUCGUGUUCAUCUGGAACCUGACCGAUCCGCUGGUCGUCAACCCCGAGAUCGAGCUGCCGCAGCUCGACAUCGCCAACAACUACACCACCGACUGCACCAUCGAGUACUCCACCGGCAACUUCACCUGCAUCCAGAUUGUGUUCAACCUGCGGCGCCGCCUCGGCUACCACCUCUUCCACACCUACAUACCCUCGGCCCUCAUCGUCGUCAUGUCGUGGAUCGCCUUCUGGAUCAAGCCCGAGGCGAUACCCGCGCGGGUCACCCUCGGCGUCACCUCCCUCCUGACCCUCGCCACCCAGAACACCCAGUCGCUGCCGCCCGUCUCCUACGUCAAGGCCAUCGACGUCUGGAUGUCCUCGUGCAGCGUCUUCGUCUUCCUGUCGCUCAUGGAGUUCGCCGUGGUCAACAACUACAUGGGGCCGGUGGCCACCAAGGCGAUGAAGGGCUACUCCGACGAGGACCUCCGCGAGGCCAUCGACGAGUUCAAGACGCCGAUCAGGGGAGCAGCGGCCGACUCGGAGCGCAGAGGCAGCCCCUCCAGGAGCCAGGCAGCCCAGUCGCCCCAGUACGACACCUGCUGCGAGGGUCGCGCCACUGCCAUCUACAUCGACAAACUCUCGCGCUUUCUCUUCCCCUUCGCCUUUCUCAUUCUCAACGUCGUCUACUGGAGCACCUUCCUCUGAUUCGACGCGCGCGUUUGACGCUGCUCCAGCAGCAGGACUCUUCGCCGCCCAUCGGUGUCCAACGAAUCGAACGGCUGUUGUUCGCCUAUCUUGACCUCCUCGGCUCGGAUUUCGGUGGCGCUGGAGCUGUAAGUGUUUGCGGUGAUUCGUUGUCUACAAGUCGACUGCUCGAACGCUCAUCAAUUUUGUUCUAUUGCAGUCGUAGUUCCGAGUGGAUUCUAUCGUCGAUGAGAAGCGCCUGGCUUUUCUCGAAUCGCAAAAAUCACAAACGACCACAAACCUACGAUUGCAACGGAACGAAACUGCUCGAACGAUUAGUUCGUUGAAAAACAAAAAAAUUGAUGCGAGCACCUAUCAGCUUGGCGCCAUCGGGACUCCAGUUGUGGAGGUCAAAGUAGAUGGAAAACACCUAUCCCUCGAUAGGUAGAAAGCUCAACCUGCUCCUAGACUACGCCGCGAGCUAUUAGCAGUCGGGUCAGCGCCCCCACAUGGUACCGUGUCCUCCGUCACACAUCCCUUUCGAGUUUCCGUCUGGCUUAGUUUUGCGGCAUCGUCAACCGAUCAAUUUGCGCGUUCCGGACUAACGUUGUCGCGUCGUCGCCUACCCCCGUCCACCCGGGCGUGAAAUUCCCGAGCGCGCCGUGCUCGUACGUCGAAUUCACGCGACGAGCCAGCCAGCGCGCGGUGUAUCGGCCGAGCUGUGCAUAAUUCGAACGCCAGGAGCGCUGGCUUAUCGUCCGGCUUUGUCUGCUGUCGGGGCACAGCGUCACUUAAGUCGGAGGCGCCGGCGGCUCCGCCGGGAGCGCGACGCGCCGAGCGGGCGUCUUUUCUAGCCGUAUCGCCGUCGACCAUUUGAACGGAGUGUCGCGGCAUUGUCGACGAGCACGAGAUCGCUGAAAAAGACGCUCGCCUCGCGAACUUCCGAAUGACACGCUCCGAAAUUGAUUGAGCGACGUCCGGCCACUCAUCCGGCGUUUAUCGAUGUCACUUGUCGUUCACUUCAAUAUUAUACGACUGUUUGGAAAUCGAAAUUUAUUAUUUGUCGUGUCAAAUUUUCUUUCGGCGGAAUAUGAUACGGAAUACGAUAGUACGGAAAUUCAUUGAAAACCAAAAUCUUUCGGAUUUCCCGUAGAUUUUGCACGAAUUUGGCAUCCAAACGGCUGCGCUGAAAUAACGAUUGCACUGAUAAUUGUUGGAACAAACGAUAGCUGCAAAAAUGUAUCCUUCGUACAAUUUACUAUUCUCAUACUGGCCGAUCCUAUAUGCCCCCCCCCCCCUCUUGGCAGAAUAUGCAUUGCCGAUUCAUGAGUUGAGCUGCACCUUUUAUAUGUCAGUUCUUUUAGUCAUUGUUAUACCGUUUAGGUACUACGAUUGCAAUUUGUUGAUUCGCAAUAGAUAAAGAGUCGAGAAAAGCGACGAUUGCGACAAUGUAUAGAUUUGAGAAAAUAUAAGAUUUGUACUUACCCUGUUGCGUUAGCG